CACUCUACUGCAACAGGCACAUCCCUCUCCUUUUUGCUUAACUCUUUUCUUUUUAUCCAGCACGAAGACGCAGCAGCUGUGCUUUUGUUAUUCCUCUGCCCCCUCUUUUCUCAGCCAUGAGUUCGUUCCACAACGACAUAUUCAACCGGCGCACUGGCGGCGGCCACUUUAGCGGCUUUUUCACAGACCCCCCCCUGUUUUCCGAGAACCGCCGUCGCAGCUCAUUCCAGUCCUCCUCGGCAUCGCUCGCGCAGUCGCAGACCUUUUCGUACGAGGCUGCAUGCGAGAUCUGCGAGGAGAUGGUGCGGUGUGGCCGCGAGCUAUGCGUGCACGAGCACCGCAUCGUGUGCCGCGGUGUCCACCACGGGUGCUGCUGCCACUCGUGCUGCAUGUCGCGCGAGUCCCUCACAUCGACAUGCCACGAAGAGACAUCGCAUCGGGCGUGCCGCGAGGAAUCGUCGUAUAGUGCGCGCACCGAGGAGUCGGAAACUGACUCCAGGUUUGGCAAUGGCCGGGUGAGAUCGCGCUCGGCGACCAUGUACCAGGGCGACGCGUCGUUCGGGUUCGCUAACAUGGAGUCGGAGAUGCUACGUAUGGCUGCUGACAACAGAUGGAGGAACUCGGGGUCGUACAAUGACAGCUUCUAUUCCAAGCCGCUGCGCGAUAACCCGCCUCCCCCACCGCCCAACCACAUGCACUUGCGCGAGGAUAACGUCGGCCAGGUGUGGGAGCAUCACCGGCAUAUGCAUGGCGGUAUGCAGUCCCACAUGCAUGAGGAGGCUGCAUCCCACUUCCAAGGAAAUCACCACCACCAUCACCAGAACCAAUGCCAUGGCCAUUUGCUGCGCCAGCAGGAACAGGAGGAGGAGGAAGACGAGAUCAAGGUCACAACCACCACAACCACAACAACCAAGAAAUACAUUCGCGAGAUCGAAGACGACAAGGAGAAGUGCAAGAAGGUGGUCCAACCCCCGCUUCCCCCUAAGCCGCCUGUAGUCGUGCCCAUGCCGCCGGCAGAACACCACCACCACCAUCACCACCAGACAGUGAUCCCUGUCGGAGUGCGGCCCAAUGAGCCAGUCAAGAAGGUCGAGGCAUGCUGCACGUGGUGCAAGAUCCUGCCGUGCCUCGACUGCCCAAAGCCCACAAACCCGAACGAGCGCUUCAAGAAGGUAAACUUCCGCCUGUUCCCCGAAUACGAGUUUUUGCCCGACGACCUCCAGAUCCCCAAGAACACCGAGUACUUCCCCGAGCACACCCAUUUUGGCACCAGCUCCCAGUACAAGAUCACGAUCCCACAGGUCACCACCAUUGCGCAGAAGAUCUACGUCGACUUCAUCGGCGACCAGUGCGUUGUCAUGGGGGACCACGGCAAGCCGCUGCGCCAUCCGAUGCCGUCGCCGUCGGUCCGGUCUACACGCUCAUCAGCUAGCUCGCGCACCCAGGUCAAGCAGAUCCCUAGCCACCACAUCCAUCACAGCGAGCCGCCGCUGGGCGUGACCCGCGUGUUUGCAAAGAACUUCUUCCUGCCAAGAGACACAUAUGACCACAACCGCGCCCAAGUCUUUGUUAAACCCAACGGCAAGCUCAAGAUCGUGGUUCCGGUGCUUGGCUCUUAGAUUCAGCACGCCUUUCUAGGGGCACUGUCCAUUUCAUUUUGCUUUCGUUCACAUCUUUCCUAUUCUUAGCAUAUCUCUGCUUGCCACAACUGCAAGGGCGAUGUUAUAAAUCACGUACAAACCUGCUCAGCCAUCGGCCGUGCGGCGAGCCCCAGCACCGAUCCAGAGUCUGGCCGACUGGCCACAGGUUGGCAUCGUCACAUUUUGCAUAUGUGGCAUAUAGGCCGGGUGUCGGUUGGCCCAGCCCCAAUGAUGACCAUGCUCCUUUCUUUUUCCAUG